AUGGAUGUGAUCCUGAAUGAAUCGAUUGGCAGCCUUCGCAGGGAGCUGGAUCUCCUUCCUCAGGAGCACGCCGAUAGACCGAAAGCCAUGCGCAAACUUGCUCAUUCACUCCUGAAGCGGUAUUGGCGCUUUUCACUGCGAAACGAUCUAGACGAGUCGAUUUGGUAUCAUCAGCAUGCUCUCAAAUUGAAGUUUGACUACCAGUACCAACGUCUCGAUGUCUUGCUCCAUCUUUGUUCUGCUCUCUUCCAACGCAUUCAGCUCCUUGGACAGCCGCAAGACGUCACGACACUAUUCGCAUGUCUUCAACAGCAAUUGGCCAUAGACUUCGACCACGCCCUGCGUCCGGUCAAACAGCGAUUGGAAAAUUUACUGUCCCUACCUGAACCUCACACAACAGAUCGAGACAUCUUUUGCAACCCUUGCAUGCAAUCACACCGCAGGUGUGCCUCGCCAGGAGAUGGGAAAACAACUUGCGACCAGUGCAGGACUCUCGGGUUGGAAUGCUCCUACGGUUUACUGGUUUCAUCAUUGCAACCACAGGGCCAGCCGGAAGCUCAAAGUGGCCUCGACAAGCUAAAAGUGCAAGCCAGACAAUAUCUAGUAGGCCGGCGCGAGCAUCAGUCCGACAGCGAGUCAAUUCAGUCCCAAACACCGCAUUCCCAGCAUUUUAAGAGCCUUCCGUUGCAUGAUCCAACUGACGUGCCUGCCCACGAUUUAUCGAGGAUCAACCUCGGAGAGGAUUGGAAGACAGAACACCAUGCAAGCGAUCCAGCGAUAUCCGUCCAGUUUGGCGAGGCAAGAUUUUGA